GACGGUAACCGCUUGAAAAGGUAGAUCCACUCUUCUGGAUGAUUUCUUGAGGUCCACGUGACAGAGAGGUUGUUGUUAUAGUUGUUGUUGUUGUCUUCGUCUUCGUGCGGUUUUACGACUAUUUAGCGAAAGAAAAGGCCGUAAAAAGGCCAACUUGAGAGCGUGCUACUAAAGUGUGAUAAUUGUUUCGAUAAACGGCAACUUAUCGGUUGACGGCGAGGAAGUUGUGCAACUCUUGAGAGGCGGCGAUCCGGCGAUGAAAUAAUAAAGGAAGCAAGCAAAAUUGAAACCGUUUCGAACGAGCGGGGGGAGCUCAAAUUAAAUCGUAUUAAUUUUGAAAGUGAUAAACAAGUGCCUCGUUGUUGUUGAUAUUGCUGUGUACGAGGGUAAAAUUCAAGUUUAAACAAGUGACGGUGGUGGUGAAGUUCCCCUUCACUUCUUGGAAGGAAACGCAAAUGCGUUCGAUUGCAAGGCGUUUUUUGCAGUGACAAGAGAAAAAAAGUCAUUUCGAUUCAAAUUCGACGACGACGCCAGGAGAAAGGUGGUUGUCGAAAUGGUGCGAUGGCGCAGGGGGAGGCACGACGGAGGAAGGGGCGGAGGAGGAGCAGGAGGAAAUUGUUGGAGGUCGUCGGUAAAGUUGCUGGCGAUUGUUUACAUUCUACACGUCACUGCUAGUUGGAUAGAUGGUGUCAAUUGUCAAGUUUGCGGACCGCCGGCGAUUCCGGCCAAUGCCCGCGUCCAGACACAGCCGGCCGACGGCACCGGAGGAGGCCUCCGGUCGGCCAAGUACGAGUGCGACUCGGGCUACGAGCUGUUCGGGUCGGAGACCAUCAAGUGUGACCCGGUCAAGGGCUGGGACCGAGAGCUGCCAUUUUGCGGAACCAAUGUGGCGUACCGAAAGCCGGUAAAUCAAUCGUCGGCGACGCGGUCCGGCCCGGCGGGAUUCGCCAACGACGGCAAGCCGGGCAACCAGAACCCGGACGGGCAGGAGUGCUCCGAAACGCAAAAGGAGGCGUCCCCCUGGUGGCGAGUAGAUCUACUUACCCCGGAAGCGGUUCGGGUUGUGCGAAUCACCACCAGGGGAUGCUGCGGUCACCAGCCGCUGCAGGAUCUGGAGAUUCGCGUGGGAAACAGCAGUUCGGACCUGCAGCGGAAUCCGCUGUGCGCCUGGUACCCGGGAACCAUGGACGAGGGAACGACCAAGAGCUUCACGUGCGCGAGGCCACUCAUCGGGCAGUUUGUGACCGUACAGCUCGUCGGCGUCGAAAGCAGCUUGAGCUUGUGUGAGGUGGAGGUGUUCUCGAACGACGAGUUCUCGCCGGAUCGGUGCGCGGCGCCGAACCUGAACGCGGACACCAUCCUGACGACUUUCGCCAAGACGUGCUACGAGUUCCACAUAACGCGAGGCGAGAGCUUCGACAAGGCGCGGCAGGUUUGUCAGUCCCACGGUGGCGACCUGCUGCACGACAUCCGCGGUGCGACCAACGACUACAUCAUCUCGGAGCUGGAGCGGCGCAAGACGGACCUCCGGACGCAGCUGGUGUGGAUCGGGGCCCAAAAAGAACCCGGCAUUACGGCCCGCACCUGGAAAUGGGUGAACGGUGAUACCGUGCUGAAGCCGACAUGGGGUAAAGAUCAGCCCAACAACUACAACGGCGAGCAAAACUGUGUCGUGCUGGAUGGAGGUCGCAGCUGGUUGUGGAACGACGUGGGCUGCAACCUCGACUACCUGAACUUUAUCUGUCAACACAGCCCGCUGAGCUGUGGUUCGCCGGAAGCCCUGGUCAACACGACGAUCGUCGGCAAGAACUUUACCAUUGGAGCGGCCAUUGAGUACCGGUGUCCGGUAGGUCACUCGCUGAUCGGUGAUGCGCAGCGACUGUGCCAAGAGACCGGGGUCUGGAGCGGGCGACCCCCAACGUGCAAAUAUGUCGACUGCGGCGCUCUUCCGGAGAUCGACCAUGGCGGCAUUAUCCUGUCGGAACAGCGAACCAGCUUCGGCGUGAAGGCCACCUACACCUGCCACGAGAACUACACGCUGAUCGGGAACGAGAACCGAACCUGCCAAGCGGACGGCUGGUCCGGAUCGGAUCCGAAGUGUUUGGUCGACUGGUGUCCGGAACCUCCACCCAUUCAGGGUGGUACGAUCAAGGUUUCCGGACGACGCGCUGGAUCCACCGCGAUCUAUUCGUGCGAGUACGGGUUUGUGCUCAUCGGGGAACCGGUGCUGUCGUGUGGUCUCGGCGGUAACUGGACCGGCAAGACCCCGCUCUGUAGAUUCGUUGAUUGCGGAAUGCCGGCGCGACCGGAUCGUGGAAACUUGCUACUGGUGAACGAUUCCACUACGGUAGGUUCGAUGGUGAGGUACUUCUGUGACGACGACUACUGGUUGGUUGGCCCGUCGGAGCUGUUCUGCACGAAAGAUGGAAAGUGGUCCGGAAGUGCACCAGCUUGCGAGCUGAUCACUUGUGAGACCCCUCACGUUCCCGCCGGUUCGUUCGUGGUCGGCUACGACUACAACAUCCACUCCUCGAUCCAGUACCACUGCGAUCCGGGACACAUCCUGCGCGGUGACGACACCCUCACCUGUCUCGAGUCCGGCCACUGGAGUGGUGACGCUCCCGACUGCGAGUACGUCGACUGUGGCCCCCUCACCCCGAUCCCCUUCGGCUCGAACCGAUACCUCCAGAACACGACCUACCUCGGAUCGGAAGUCCUGUACUCCUGCUCCAACUCGCAUCGCCUCGCCGGAACCCCCAAGCGAACCUGCCUCGAAAGCGGCCUCUGGAGCGAUGCGUCUCCACGCUGCGAGGAAAUCCGCUGUCCGGAACCGACGUUCGCCCCGCACAGCAUUCUUAGCGUUACCGGAAACGAUCGCAUGUACGGCCGAACGCUGAUCCGAACGUCGGACGUGGCGGCCAACAGCGUGCAGACGUACAAGAUCGGGGCGCUGGCCAAGUACCGCUGCGAGCGGGGAUACAAGAUCGUCGGGGAACCGCUCAUCACGUGCGAGGAGAACGGGCUGUGGAGUGGCGAGAUUCCGGAGUGUGUCUAUGUCGACUGUGGCGUGCCGCCGAGCAUGAUCAGCGGUCGCGUGACGCUCGCGACCAACGCUACCUACUACGGGGCGGCAGCACUGUACGAGUGCGACGGAAACUUCAAGCUGGACGGCGUGUCACGUCGGCUCUGUAUGGAGGACGGCAGCUGGAGCCACGAGACGCCGGCUUGCGUGGAGAUCACCUGCGAGGAGCCGAACGUGGCGGAGAAUCUGGUGGUGAGUGCGGGCGAUCGCAAGGUCGGAACGGCGGCGCGGUUCAGCUGUACCAAGGGUCGGUACAUGGUCGGCAAUGACAGCAGGACAUGUCAGCCGACCGGCCAGUGGACGGGCAAGAAUCCGGUGUGCAAGUUGAUCGACUGCGGUCGGCCAGCGGACAUUGCCAACGGGCGGGUCAUCGUGGUCAACGAGUCCACCGUGUACGGAGGAUCGGCGGAGUAUCACUGCGUGCCGCACUACAAUCGGAUCGGGCCGUACCUCCGGAAGUGCAUGGAUGACGGCAAGUGGAGCGGGGAGGAGCCGCGAUGUGAACUGAUCGUCAAUGACGCCCAGGAGACAAACAGCUUGGGAACGGGAAUCGCGAUCGGUGCCGCCAUCAUCGUGAUCCUGCUGAUCCUGAUCGGGGUUCUGUUCCUGCACCGAAACAAGGCCCGUCCGGUGAAGAACACCGAGAACGUGCAGGCGGCGGAACACAAGGACGAACAAAAUGCCGCGGUCAUGUCGUACUCGUCAUUGGAAAAUGGCCGCCACGGCUUUGACCUGCCGAACCGGGGCAACCUGGUAACCUUCAACACGUUCCAGAGCGGUGCGGGUGCCAACGGGCAUCCGCCUCCGCCCAGUAGGCUAGCUAGUGUAGGUAACAACAACAACAAUAGUUUAAGUAGUAGACACAUGAACGGCAACGGGACCGGCGGGGAGAACAUCUACGACCAGAUCCCGAGCGAGCAGUUUUACGACGCACCGUACGAGAUGCGAAGCAACGACGAGGUAUACGAGCCGGAACCGACGGGCCGGACGAACGUCAUUACCAUCAACGGGGUUAGUGUUCGGUAGAUCUUAGGUAAACAAACGACUAUUUGGUUAUUUAGUUUGUAUGGAUCAAUUUAUCGGCAGUUUGACAGUUUGCCUGUCAGACAAUAUGUUACCUCCAUGUUGUUAGACUUUGAACAGUUCUUAAUCGAGGAGAGUUCAAGAUCGAUCAACAUUAAGGUAAGGUCUUACGCGUUAACUGUCAAAAUGAAGCUUGUGAAGGAUCCCGAUAAAAUGGUUAAUAGACCUUUUUACCAAUAAAGUGCUUCAUUUGACAGUUGCUACUUGAAACCUACGUUACCUCGAUGAAGAGUAACCUUGAGCCAAGGUAACGUUUCAAUCGACAACUGUCGAAAUAAGUACACCAAAAAGGAUCAAUAGCUUCGUAGAAAGACACGUUCCAAAAAGACUUUUUUUUAAUGCUAGGGAGAAUGAAAAGACGGAAAUUUUAAAAUUUUGAACAAAAACAUCACUUUUAUUUAUUAGGCCCUUUUCCGACGCUGACUUGGUCCACCUUCGGAAAGAGUCACCUUUGUCGGCGUGCUUCACUUGACUGUCAAAUGAAGCACGCCGACAAAUGGGGGCUUCACUCUCCGUGCAAGCAAACUACCCAGUACAAGCGAGUUUCAAGCAAGUUUUCUCGAUCGGCAAGAAAAUUUGGCUUGGCAAAAUUACUGCAAAGCACGAGGGAUUCGCUCCAAAAUUACGACGAGUGUUUUAACCUUACUUUCCUUUAACUCCAACAAACGUGGAAUUCGUAAAUAUUUGAUUUUGACAUUUGCUGAAGGGGUGAAGAAAAGUGAGGUCAGAGCGCCAUCAUUCCGAAGGUGGACGCUGCUUAUUGUGUAAAUAUUUCCCUUUUUCUUAAAACAAACUACGAAACAAAACAAAAAAUCUUCAAACCAGCCAAACAGGCUCGUGACACGAUCGCACUGAAGACAUCACCGCGCAAUUGGAUUAGGAAAUUAUAACAAAUAAAAAAAUACUCUUGAAAAGAGCUACGUAGUACUUUGUACAUAUUAAAGUAACA